GAUCCCGGCCCGGAGGUCGGUAGGAAGCCUCCGACUAGUGACAAGAGGGAACCUAGGUGUCCGGGCAGUGGGCCCUGAGGGAGUCGAAGAUGUGCGUCUAGAGACACCGCGACCCUUGCCACCUGACCCACACACCGAGGCCCUCUCAGUCACCCUGGUCACACCCACGCUGCCUUGGAGUCGCCCAUAAGUAGGGUCCCAGGGCUGGAGAUGGGUAUCGAAAAUGAAAGUCCAGAACCAGACUGUCAGAAACAGUUCCAGGCCGCAGUCAGCGUCAUUCAGAACCUGCCUAAGAACGGCUCUUAUCGCCCCUCCUACGAAGAGAUGCUGCGGUUCUACAGCUACUACAAGCAGGCUACCAUGGGGCCCUGCCUCAUCCCCCAGCCUGGGUUCUGGGACCCUAUUGGACGUUACAAAUGGGAAGCCUGGAACAGCCUGGGCCAGAUGAGCAGGGAGGAGGCCAUGUCCGCCUACAUUACCGAGAUGAAGCUGGUGGCACAGAAGGUGAUCGACACAGUGCCCCUGGGCGAGGUGGCAGAGGACAUGUUUGGUUACUUCGAGCCCCUGUACCAGGUGAUCCCUGACAUGCCGAGGCCCCCGGAGACAUUCCUGAGAAGGGUCACAGGUUGGAAAGAGCAGGUACUGAAUGGAGAUGCUGAGGCUGCCCCAGAGCCUCCCUGCCUCCCCAAUGAACCAACACCCCCAAGCCCAGAAUCCCAGCCACCCAGGGACCAAGACGCCGAGGUUUUCUGUGAUUCUGUGGAGCAGCUGGAGCCUGAGCUGGUUGGGGAAGAGCAAAGGGGCGCCCUGGGAGGAGAAAAUGACACCAGAAACACCCCCGAGCCUCCUGCAGAGAAAGGGAGAUUGGAAGGCCCGCUGCUGAGGCCCCAGGAAUUGGACUCGUGGCUGGUGGGGACAGUCCGUGCGCUGCAGGAGAGUAUGCGGGACGUCCAGGGGAGGCUGCAGAGCCUGGAGAGCAUGCCUAUGCCCCCCAAGCAGCAGAUGCCGCCACCCAGUGCCAGGCCUCGGCCCCUCAGGCUUUCCGGCCCCACGUUGAUCUUCUUCCUCCUGUGGCCCUUCAUCGUCCAGUGGCUCUUCCGACAGUUUCGGACCCAGAAGAGGUGACUCUCCGUGGAGGAGUCUGUAGCCAACAGGAGGCUAUGAACCCUGUGUUCUGCAGUGCCCUGAGCCUUCCUAGGGUUUAGGAAGCAUUAACCCCCCCACCCCCCACCCCCCGGCUUCCCGCCCCAAAUAGUGUUCACCUUGAUACCCCUCUCCUCGUGUGGGGGCCAGAUAAGACCCUACUCUUCCUGCAGCUCCACAGGGCCUGUCCCUCCUCUCCCCCUCGACCACCUCAGGCUUCCUGGGGAGACUGCCUUUGUGGAGCAAGUCCCCAGUUCGGGGUGGGCGGGUGAUCCAGGGGCGGAGCUACCGGGUCUCAGCCUCUGCCCUCCCCACCCUCUGAGUCACCUGACUCCUCUCCCAUCCCAGCCUCUCCCCGAGGAGGCUCGGCUCUUGGGCAAGUUGGGACUUCGGCCGGGCCGUGGAAGAGUGAUUGGCUGGCGGGCUGUGGGAGGGAGGCCAGGAGGCUCGACCGAGUUGGGGAAAGGCGGAGAGAGCUGGCCCCGGGAGAGGGCAGUCAGCUCCUUUUGGCUGGCCGCCUUACCCGCAGAAGUACUCAGGACGUCCUCACUAAAGAUGCACUUACAAAAGAGUGUUUCAC